GGGGACGAGCAGCGGGGACGGGGUGCAGGGAGGUGUGAGAGCAAAAUGGCAGGAAACAGCCUGGUGCUGCCCAUCGUUCUGUGGGGGCGGAAGGCUCCCACCCACUGCAUAUCAACGCUGCUGCUGAUGGAUGACGUGUCCAUGAUCGUCACGGGCUGUCAUGAUGGACAGAUAUGUCUCUGGGACAUCUCUCCAGACUUAGAGGUUAAUCCCAGAGCUCUGUUGUUUGGUCACACAGCCUCAAUUACGUGUUUAUCAAAGGCCUCUGCUUCCAGUGAAAAGCAGUACAUAGUGAGCGCGUCGGAGAGCGGGGAGAUGUGUCUGUGGGAUGUGAAUGAUGGGAGAUGCAUAGAGUUUACGAAGCUAGCCUGCACACACACUGGCAUACAGUUCUAUCAGUUCACAGUCGGGACUCAGCGUGAAGGGAGACUGUUAUGCCAUGGACACUAUCCAGAAAUUCUUGUUGUGGAUGCUACCAGCCUUGAAGUUCUUUAUUCUUUGUUAUCAAAAAUAUCUCCCGACUGGAUCAGCUCCAUGACUAUCAUUAAAUCCAAUAGAACACAAGAGGAUACCGUUGUAGCAGUUUCGGUGACUGGCAUCCUGAAAGUAUGGAUAAUAACCUCUGAAGUGAGUCGCAUGCAGGAUACCACACCAAUAUUUGAAGAGGAGUCAAAACCUAUUUAUUGUCAGAACUGUCAAAGCAUUUCUUUCUGCGCAUUUACCCAGCGGUCGUUGUUGGUAGUGUGCUCCAAGUACUGGAGGGUUUUUGAUGCUGGAGAUUAUUCCCUUUUAUGCUCAGUCCCAAGUGAAAAUGAACAGACCUGGACCGGUGGUGACUUUGUGUCAGCUGAUAAAGUGAUUGUUUGGACAGAAGAUGGACAAAGUUUCAUAUAUAAAUUACCAGCCAGCUGUCUACCAGCUAGUGAUUCAUUUCGCAGAGAUGUGGGAAAAGCAGUAGAAAAUCUAAAUCCUCCUUUAUUGUACAGCAUAUUGGACAGAGCAGAUAAACAGUUACUUAUAUGUCCCCCAGUUACUCGAUUCUUCUACGGACGUAGGGAGUUUGCCUAUAAGCUGCUAAUCCAAGGAGACUCUUCAGGAAGACUGUGCAUUUGGAGUGUGCCUGAAAAUCUUGAACAAGAUAAUGCAGAAGGACUGCAAACAACAACUUCAAUAUCCCUCCAGGAAGCUUUUGAUAAACUUACUCCUCGCCCAGCUGGGAUUAUAGACCAACUAAGCUUAAUACCAAACUUCAAUGAACCACUUAAAGUUACGGCCAGUGUGUAUAUCCCAGCACAUGGGCGUUUGGUCUGUGGUCGGGAAGAUGGGAGCAUUGUUAUUGUGCCAGCAACACAAACUGCUAUAGUUCAGCUUUUGCAAGGAGAGCAUAUGCUUCGGAGAGGCUGGCCACCUCACCGGACUCUCAGAGGCCAUCGAAACAAAAUUACAUGCUUACUGUAUCCUCAUCAGGUUUCUUCUCGUUAUGAUCAAAGGUAUUUGAUCUCAGGUGGUGUGGAUUUCUCAGUCAUCAUGUGGGAUAUAUUUUCUGGAGAGAUGAAACAUAUCUUCUGUGUACAUGGUGGUGAAAUUACACAGCUUCUAGUUCCACCAGAAAACUGUAGUGCAAGAGUCCAGCACUGCAUUUGCUCUGUUGCCAGUGAUCACUCGGUAGGUCUUCUGAGUCUGCGGGAGAAAAAGUGCAUCAUGCUGGCAUCCCGUCACCUUUUCCCUAUUCAAGUAAUAAAGUGGAGGCCUUCUGAUGACUACCUGGUAGUGGGAUGUUCAGAUGGGUCUGUGUAUGUCUGGCAAAUGGAUACUGGUGCACUGGACAGGUGUGUGAUGGGAAUAACAGCAGUAGAAAUCUUGAAUGCCUGUGAUGAGGCAGUUCCAGCAGCCGUGGACUCCCUCAGUCAUCCCGCUGUCAACCUGAAGCAGGCCAUGACUCGGCGUAGCCUGGCUGCUCUGAAAAACGUGGCACAUCAAAAACUGCAGACUCUUGCCACUAACCUGCUAGCUUCUGAAGCAUCCGACAAAGGGAAUUUACCUAAAUAUUCACAUAACUCCCUGAUGGUUCAAGCUAUAAAGACUAACUUAACAGAUCCAGAUAUACACGUGCUCUUCUUCGAUGUAGAGGCCCUGAUUAUUCAGCUGCUGACUGAAGAGGCCUCGAGACCCAACAGUGCACUCAUUUCUCCAGAGAAUUUGCAGAAGGCAUCUGGCGGUUCUGACAAGGGAGGCUCCUUUUUGACUGGCAAACGAGCAGCCGUCCUCUUCCAGCAGGUCAAGGAGACGAUCAAAGAGAAUAUCAAGGAGCAUCUUCUCGAUGAUGAGGAUGAGGAUGAAGAAUCAAUAAGGCAGAGAAGAGAGGAUGGUGACCCGGAAUAUCGCUCUAGCAAAUCUAAACCAUUAACUUUAUUAGAGUAUAAUCUAACCAUGGAUACAGCAAAGCUUUUCAUGUCUUGUCUUCAUGCCUGGGGCUUGAAUUCUGUUCUAGAUGAGCUUUGCCUUGAUCGCCUGGGGAUGCUUAAGCCACACUGUUCUGUGUCCUUUGGCCUCCUGUCUAGAGGUGGCCACAUGUCUCUGAUGCUUCCCGGUUACAAUCAGUCUGUAGGUAAACCAUCCUACGAGGGCGUGGAGCUGGGAAGGAAAAUGUCCAUUACAGAAGGACUCGGGAAGGGGACAUACGGUGUGUCGCGUGCAGUCACCACUCAGCACCUCCUGUCUGUCAUCUCGCUGGCAAACACGCUGAUGAGCAUGACUAAUGCAACUUUUAUUGGAGACCACAUGAAGAAAGGCCCAGCCAGGCCACCUCGGCCUGGCACUCCAGAGAUGACAAAAGUGAAGGCACCUCCUUCAAUGUCAAGUCAUGCAGCUCAAGGACAAAUCAAGCAAGUUGCUCCUGCUGUUUCUUCUAGCACUGAAGCUGGUCACUCUGGCUCUGACACUGCUCCUACUUUACAUACCUGUUUCUUAGUAAAUGAAGGGUGGAGCCAGCUGGCCGCUAUGCACUGCGUGAUGCUCCCCGACCUGCUGGGGCUGGACAAGUUCCGACCUCCUCUCCUGGAGAUGCUGGCCCGCCGGUGGCAGGACCGGUGCCUGGAGGUAAGAGAAGCUGCCCAGGCCUUAUUGUUAGCAGAACUGAGAAGAAUCGAGCAGGCAGGUCGGAAGGAGACAAUUGAUGCGUGGGCUCCGUAUUUGCCACAGUACAUUGACAGUGUUAUAUCACCUGGAGUAACCUCGGAAGCCAUUCAAACUGCUACAGCAAGCCCGGACGCGCUGGGGACAGAGGCAAAAGUUCAGGAGGAAGAGCAGGACCUGGCUGAUGACGACAUCGCAGCAGGUUGUCUGUCUGGUCUCCCGCAGAUGAAGAAAAUCUCUACCUCUUACGAGGAGCGCAGGAAGCAAGCUACUGCCAUCGUCUUGCUGGGGGUGAUCGGGGCAGAAUUUGGAGCUGAAAUUGAGCCUCCCAAACUCUUGACUCGGCCACGUAGCUCUAGUCAAAUUCCCGAGGGAUUUGGUUUAACUAGCGGUGGAUCAAAUUAUUCCCUGGCGAGGCAUACGUGCAAGGCACUGACGUUUCUGCUGCUGCAGCCGCCGAGCCCCAAGCUGCCCGCGCACAGCACCAUCCGCAGAACUGCCAUCGACCUGAUCGGCCGCGGCUUCACCGUCUGGGAGCCCUACAUGGACGUCUCUGCUGUGCUCAUGGGCCUUCUGGAGCUCUGUGCCGAUGCCGAGAAGCAGCUUGCUAACAUCACAAUGGGGCUGCCCCUGAGCCCGGCAGCCGACUCUGCCCGCUCGGCGCGACACGCGCUCUCGCUCAUCGCCACCGCCAGACCACCCGCCUUCAUCACCACCAUCGCCAAGGAGGUGCACAGACACACCGCCCUGGCUGCAAACACGCAGUCUCAGCAGAAUAUCCACACCACCACUCUUGCUCGGGCUAAAGGAGAGAUCUUACGAGUCAUUGAAAUACUCAUUGAGAAGAUGCCUACCGAUGUUGUGGACCUUCUGGUGGAGGUUAUGGACAUCAUCAUGUAUUGCCUUGAAGGAUCUUUAGUUAAGAAGAAAGGCCUUCAGGAAUGCUUUCCAGCCAUCUGCAGGUUCUACAUGGUCAGCUAUUACGAGCGGAGUCACAGAAUAGCAGUUGGAGCUCGCCAUGGUUCAGUGGCCCUCUACGACAUCCGGACUGGGAAAUGUCAGACGAUCCAUGGUCACAAAGGGCCCAUAACUGCAGUGGCUUUUGCUCCUGACGGCCGGUACCUCGCCACCUACUCCAACUCCGACAGCCACCUCUCCUUCUGGCAGAUGAACACGUCCCUGCUGGGCAGCAUCGGGAUGCUCAACUCGGCGCCGCAGCUGCGCUGCAUCAAGACGUACCAGGUGCCGCCCGUGCAGCCGGCCUCCCCCGGCUCGCACAACGCGCUGCGGCUGGCCCGCCUCAUCUGGACCUCCAACCGCAACGUCAUCCUCAUGGCUCACGACGGCAAGGAGCACCGCUUCAUGGUCUAGGGGAAGCCGCCCGCGCUAGAAACACAUUUCUGUCUCCAAACCCCGUGUAAUUCUCCCUUUCUUUGUCUCUGUGCUCCACACACCGAUCGCCCCCCAGCGCCCCACGGACCGGCCAGGCUGCGGCGGCUCG